AUGAGCAGUGAAAAAGAGAAAGGUCUAACUCCUAAAGAAGCAAUACAGAAACUAAAGGAGACAGAAGAGCUACAAACAGCCCAAAAGCAUGGGGCCAGGGAAAAGCAAACCACUCUGCAGGCUCUUCGGAGAAAGCGAGCUGCACAUACCGACAGGUCCUUAGCCAUCCUUGAGGUCCAUCCAGCAGCCAUUGAGAAUGCCACCACCGAGGCAGAAGUGCUUUGUGCUAUGGGGCUUGCUGCCCAAGGCAUCAAGAAAACCUACCAGGACAUUGACCUUGACAGGGUCGAGGAGCUGACAACUGACAUCACAGAACAAGAUGAGAUCUCAGAUGCCGUUUCUCACCCUAUGGGUUUUGGAGGUGUUGAGGAUGAGGAUGAAUUCCUGCAAGAUGUCAAGGAACGGGAGCAAGAGGAGUUAACACAGGAGCUGUUAAGUGUAGGCAAUAAGAAGGGCAGCCCAGUCGGCUCGCCGAGUGUACUGCACACACACCUGCCAGCAGGGCCAGGUACCCAGAGCUCUGUGAAAGACUUGAGAGGGUGA